UCUGUGUGGGGAACAUGAGAGCCAGACCAAAGCUCAGAGAAACCAGCCUGGACCUCCACUCAGUGACGAGUCAAAGGACAUGGAUGAUGAGUUUAAAGAAAACGUCUGUCCUCCUGCAAAGAGGCCAAAGACGGAGAAGGCAGUGAAAGUGCAGCUGCUUGAAAUGUUGAACAAUCUGGGAGACGAGGAGCUGAAACAUUUCCAGUUUUACCUGCACAAUGACCCUGGCGAUGACUUCCCCAAAGUCUUUAAACGCCAACUGGAAAAUGCAGACAGACUGAAAACAGUUACACUGGUGCUGCAGACGUAUGCGGGCAAUGAACUGGAGGUGGCGAGCUCGAUUUUAAAGAGGAUGAAUGAAGAGGCUCUUCAAAAGUGUCAUCGUCAUCUUAAAUUCAAGUCUAAUCUGAAGAAGAAGUUCCAGUGUGUGUUUGAGGGGAUCGCUAAAGCAGGAAACCCAACCCUCCUGAAUCAGAUCUACACAGAGCUCUACAUCACAGAGGGAGGGACUGCAGAGGUCAAUGAUGAACAUGAGGUCAUACAGAUUGAAACAGCAUCCAGGAAACCAGACAGACCAGAAACAAAAAUCAGACAAGAAGACAUCUUUAAAGCCUCACCUGGAAGAGACGAGCCAAUCAGAACAGUGCUGACAAAGGGAGUGUCUGGCAUUGGGAAAACAGUCUUAACACAGAAAUACACCCUGGACUGGGCUGAAGACAAAGCCAACCAGGACAUCCAGUUCAUAUUUCCAUUCACUUUCAGAGAGCUGAAUGUGCUGGAAGAAAAAAAGUUCAGCUUGGUGGGACUUGUUCAUCGCUUCUUUACUGAAACCAAAGAAGCAGGAAUCUCCAGGUUUGAAGACUUCCAGGUUGUGUUCAUCUUUGAUGGUCUGGAUGAGUGUCGACUUCCUCUGGACUUCCACAAAACUACAAUCCUAACUGACCCCAGAGAGUCCACCUCAGUGGAUGUGCUGCUGAUAAACCUCAUCAGGGGGAAACUGCUUCCCUCUGCUCACCUCUGGAUAACCACACGACCUGCAGCAGCCAAUCAGAUCCCUCCUAACUGUGUUGGCAUGGUGACAGAGGUCAAAGGGUUCACUGACCCACAGAAGGAGCGGUACUUCAGGAAGAGAUUCCGAGAUAAGCAUCAGGCCAGCAGGAUCAUCUCCCACAUCAAGACAUCACGAAGCCUCCACAUCAUGUGUCACAUCCCAGUCUUCUGCUGGAUCACUGCUACAGUUCUGGGGGAUGAGCUGAAAACCAGAGAGGGAGGGCAGCUGCCCAAGACCCUGACUGAGAUGUACAUCCACUUCCUGGUGGUUCAGGCCAAAGUGAAGAAGGCCAAGUAUGAUGGAGGAGCUGAGACAGAUCCACACUGGAGUCCAGAGAGCAGGAAGAUGAUUGAAUCUCUGGGAAAACUGGCCUUUGAUCAGCUGCAGAAAGGAAACCUGAUCUUCUAUGAAUCAGACCUGACAGAGUGUGGCAUCGAUAUCAGAGCAGCCUCAGUGUACUCAGGAGUGUUCACACAGAUCUUUAAAGAGGAGAGAGGACUGUACCAGGACAAGGUGUUCUGCUUCAUCCACCUGAGUGUUCAGGAGUUUCUGGCUGCUCUUCAUGUCCAUCUGACCUUCAUCAACUCUGAAGUCAAUCUGAUGAAAAAACAACAUGUCUACCAAAUUGCUGUGGAUAAGGCUUUAAGGAGUCCAAAUGGACACCUGGACUUGUACCUCCGCUUCCUCCUGGGUCUUUCACUACAGACCAAUCAGACUCUCCUACGAGGCCUGCUGACACAGACAGGAAGUUGCUCACAGACCAAUCAGGAAACAGUCCAGUACAUCAAGAAGAAACUCAAUGAGAAGCUGUCUGCAGAGAAAAGCAUCAAUCUGUUCCACUGUCUGAAUGAACUGACUGAUCGUUCUCUAGUGGAGCAGGUCCAACAGUCCCUGAGAUCAGGAAGUCUCUCCACAGAUAAAGUGUCUCCUGCUCAGUGGUCAGCUCUGGUUUUCAUGUUACUGUCAUCAGAAGAAGAUCUGGAUGUGUUUGACCUGAAAAAAUACUCCGCUUCAGAAGGGGCUCUUGUGGGGCUGCUGCCAGUGAUCAAAGUCUCCAACAAAGCUUUGCUAAUGGGCUGUAAGUUCUCAGAGGGAAGCUGUGAAGCUCUGUCCUCAGUUCUCAGCUCCCAAUCCUCUAGUCUGAGAGAGCUGGACCUGAAUAAUUCUGAGCUGUGGGAUUCAGGAAUGAAUCUUCGGUCUGUAGGAAUAAUGGCUUCACAGUGUACACUGGAAACACUAAGACUGAGUAGCUGUUUCCUGUCAGAGGGAAGUUGUGAAGUUCUGUCCCCAGUUCUCAGCUCCCAGUCCUCAAGUCUGAAAGAGCUAAACCUGAGUAACAACAACCUGCAGGAUUUGGGUGUGAAGUUUCUGUCUGCUGCACUGCAGAGUCCACAAUGUAACCUUGAAACUCUCAGGGUGGAGCCUGCUGGAGAACGAUGGCUGACACCAGGUCUGAGGAAGUAUUCCUGUCAACUCACAAUCGACACAAACACAGUUCACAGAUGGCUCAAACUGUCUGACGACAACACGAAGGUGACACGUGUGUGGGACACUUUUUCAUAUCCUGAUCAUCCAGACAGAUUUGAUUGGCAUCCACAGCUGCUGUGUGAAAAUAGUCUGACUGGUCGCUGUUACUGGGAGGUCGAGUGGAGAGGAAUAGUUUUUAUAUCUGUGAGUUACAGAAGAAUCAGAAGGAAAGGAAAGGGCAUUGACUGUGUGCUUGGCUACAAUGCUCAUUCCUGGAGUCUGAUCUGCUCUGAUGAUGGUCCUCAAUCUGUCAGGCACAACAACAAACAAAGACCCAUCUCCUCCUCCUCCUCCUCCUCCUCUGCCUCUAACAGAGCAGCAGUGUAUGUGGACUGUCCUGCUGGCACUCUGUCCUUCUACAGAGUCUCCUCUGACACUCUGAUCCACCUCCACACCUUCAACACCACAUUCACUGAAACUCUUUGUCCUGGGUUUUCAUUUGACUAUGAUUCUUCAGUGACUCUGUGCUGAGUGGAGUGUAAAGAGUGUCUCCUGUUAGAGAAAGAUUCUGACUGUUGAAGAGAGAGUUCAGUCUGUACAUGUCUCUCUUUCACUCAGAAACAUGUUUUCAGAUUCAUGGAUUCAAUCAGUUGAUGUUUUAAACUGUUCUAAAUGAUUCCUUGUAAAGCUCUUCCUCUUCAGUCCUUUAAAGAUGGAAGCUCACAUUAUUCCAGGAUCCACCUGUUGUUUUUCUGUCUUUUCCCACUCAAAGCGUCACAGUGAAUAUAGUAUGUGGUGUUUCUGUGAAGCUCAGUUCACAACCAGCUCCUCUGCAUUUUCACCAAGUCUGAGCUCAUUAAAAUGAAACCAAAUGUUUGAUUUCUUUCUUAAUUGGAUUGUUCCAUCAUAACUGAAUGAGUGGACAUCCAAUAGUACUGUGUAUAAACUAUUAAAGACAUUCAGCGUCUCAUGUUUCUGUCAUUGUAUAAAAACAGCUGCUUUUAAAAAUUGAUCCAAUAAAACAAACUGCAUGUAUUGAUCAGGUCAAUACACACAGCUCUCAUGUCACUAACA